AUGGCAGACAUCGCACUAUCAGACAUACCGGUGACCAGAACAAGUGCAUCGAAAGCACAUUAUCAGAAUGCCGUUUCAGAAAGCGCGUACCAAAGCGACAAAGACAUCAAUUUGCUAAGUGCAGAUCGUCCAACUACGACAGCAUCACUGUCUUCUUCUACUUCAGACCAUGCCGAUAUCUCAGUCUGGCGGUUGGCGAAUAUAGUCUUGGCCGUGUCUGGAAUCACUUUUCUCGGCAGCUUUACUACUGGACUUCUCACUAUUGGACUCCCACAGACUGCCCAGGAUAUUGGGCUCUCGGAGGAUUUGAUUUUAUGGCCUUCUUCUGUUUACUCACUGGCGAGCGGCUCUUGUCUCCUCCUAGCAGGUUCCAUCGCCGACGUAGUAGGCAACCGCAUCAUCAACCUGAUCGGCUGUUUCCUAGUCGGCUGCUUUGUCACAGCAUGCGGUCUAUCACAAACAGGUAUCCAAUUAAUCAUUUUUCGUACCAUGCAAGGCGUGGCCGUUUCCCUCUGUCUUCCAACCUCAGUAGCUAUUGUGUCUCAAGCGGUACCUGCCGGCCGCAGACGGAAUAUUAGUUAUUCGGUUUUGGGGUUUGUUCAACCGGCUGGGUUCUCGGCUGGGUUAGUGUUGGGUGGCGUGAUGGUUAAUACCAUCGGGUGGCGGUAUGGGUAUUAUAUCUCUGGUGGAUUGACUCUGGCGUUAUUUGUGGUCAGUAUUUGGUCUUUACCGGCGGAUCGUCGUGAUGCUUCUGGGAAAAUCAAUUUGGCUAGACUUCGAACUGAGAUCGACUGGAUUGGUGGUAUUAUAUCGUGUGCUUGUUUGGCUAUGUUGUCGUACAUUCUUGCGGCAUUAACAAACGAUGUUAACAACAUCAAAACUCCUGGAAAUAUUGCCAUGCUUGUGAUCUGUGUGCUUCUCAUGCCUGUCUUUAUACUCUGGGAACAACGUCAAGAACGGCUCGGAAAACCCGCACUCAUCCCCAACUCCUUAUGGCGCAACUCCGUCUUUACAAACGUGUGCUUGAUGGUUAUGUUUUCAUGGGCAGUCAUCAAUGUCAUGGAACUAUACUGCAGUUUGUUUUUCCAAAAGAUUCAAGGCCUGUCUGCCUUCCAAGCCUCGCUUCGCAUCUUACCCAACGUCGUGAUCGGGUCAAUCUGCCAAUUGACUACAGGGCUUUUAGUCCACCGCAUAUCCGCUUUUUAUCUAGUAGUCGGAUCAACCCUCCUCAGUGCUGGAGCUCCCUUGUUAAUGGCCGUAAUCAAAGUCGAAUGGCCGUACUGGUACGACGCAUUCUUCGCACAAGCACUGUCCCCCAUUAGCGCUGAUAUCCUCUUCACUGUGGCCUUGCUGGUCAUCUCCGACGUAUUCCCGCAACGCACGCAAGCCCUAGCCGGAGCAGUUUUUAAUACCGUCUCCCAAUUCGGGAACUCGCUUGGUUUAACGGUUAUGGCUGUCAUUUCUUCCGUCACUACGAAGCAUGCUGCUGCUUCACCGGCGGAUUAUGAGUCUCCUGGACCGCUUUUAGCGGGGUAUAGAGCUGGAUUUUGGGCUGCGUUUGCGUGGAUGAUGUGUGCGUUUUGUAUUGGGGGGUAUGGAUUACGGAAGAUUGGCAAGGUUGGAUUGAAGCGGGAUUAA